AUGGGGUGUGUUGGGUGGGGGGUUGGGGGGGGGGGGGGGGGAGGGGUGGAGAGGGGGGGGGUAGUUAGGGGGGGGGUUGGGGGUGUGGUGGGUUUUGUUGGGGGGGAUGGGGGGAGAGGGAGGUGGGUAUUGUUGGAUAGCUGGAGUUGGAGGUUGGGGGGGUGUGUGGAGGGGUGUGGUGGGGGUGUGUAUUUAGUUGGGGUGUUGGGUUGGUGGGGAAGGGUAGUGGUGGUGGGAGGGGGGUGUGGUGGGGUGGUUGAGGGGAUGAAAUUUGUUGGGGGUAUUGUUUGUGGGGGGGGGUGGGUUUUAGGGUGGGGGUUGUGGGGGUGUUUGUUGGUUGGUGGUGGUUGGGGUGGUAGGGGGGGGGUGGGGGGGGGGGGGGGGGGGGUGGGGGGUUUGGUUUGUGUGUGGGGGGGGGGUAUUGGGGGGGGGGGGAUAUUGGGGUGUGGGUGGGGGGGGGGUGUUGGUGGGGGGGGUUUUUGGGGGUAUUGGGGGGUUGUGGUGGGGUUUGGAUGUGGGGGUGGGGGGGGUGGGGGGGGGUUUGUUAGGGGGUGGGUUUUGGGUUGGUUGGUGGUUGGUGUGGUGAUGGGUUUGGGUGUGGGUGGUAGAGGGGGUUGGGGGGGGGGGGGGGGGUUGUGUGGGGGGGGGGGUUGGUGGGGGGUGGGGGGGGGGGGUGUGGGGUGGGGGGGGGGUGGGGGGGGGGGGGGGGGGGGGGGUGGGAUGGGGGGGGGGGGUGGGGGGGGGGUGGGGGGGGGGGGGGGUGGGUGGGUGGGGUGGGGGUGGGUGGGGGGUGGGUGGGGGGGGGGGGGGGGGGGGUGUGUGUUGGGGGGGGGUGUUGGGGGGGUUGGGGGGUGGUUUGGGGGUUGGGUGGGUGUGGGGUGUGUUGAGGGGGGUGGGGGGGGGGGGUGGUGGUGGGGGGGGAGGUGUGGGGUGGGGGGGGGGGGGGGUUGUUGGGGGGGGGGUUUUGUGGGUUUGGGGGGGGUGGGGUGGGGGUGGGUGGGUGGUGGUAGGGUGUGGUGGGGGUGGGGGGGGGUGGGGUGUGUGGUGGGGGUGGUUAUUUGGUGGGUGGGGGGGGUUUUUGUGGGUUGGUUAGGGUGUGUUUGUGUGUGGGUGGGUAGUGUGGGGGGGGGGGGUUGGGGGUAUUGGUGGUUUGGUGUGGUUUUAGGGGGUUGGGGUUUAGGGGGGGGGGGGUUGGGGGUGGGGUGUUUUUGGGGAUGGGGAUUGUGUGUUAUUGGUGGUGUGGGUGGUUUUGUGGGUUGUGGGUGGGGGGGUUAUUUGAUUGUAGUGGGGUUUGUUGGGGUUGGGGUAUUGUUUGAUGUGUGGUUGGGGGUGUGGGGGGUAUUUGGUGAUGUGUUGGGGGUUGGGGGUGGGUUAUGGUUGGGGUGCGGUGUGAUGAUUUGGGGGGGGUGGGGUGGUGGGUGGUGUGGGAUGUUAAUUAGGGGGGUUGGUUAUUUUGGGUGGGUUGGUGGGGGUGGGGGGGGGGGUUGUUUUUGUGGUGGAUUUGUGGGUAGGGUAGGGGGGGGGAAUGGGUAUGGGAGGGUGAUAUAUUUUGGGGGGGGUUGGGGGGGGUGGUUUGGUAUGGGGUUGGGGGGGGGGGUGAGGUGUGGGGGGGUGGGGUGGGUGGGGGUAAGGGGUGGGGUGGUGGUGGUUGGGGAUUGGGGGGGGGGGGGGGUAUUUGGGGGGGGGGUGGUGUGGUGGGGGGUUGUUGGGGGGUGGGGUUUUGGUGGUGUGUUGGUGUGGGGGGGUAUUAUAUGGUGUGUUUGGGGUGUUUGUGGUGUGGGUUUGGUGGGUAUGGGGGGGGGGGGGGGGGGGGGUUGGGGUGAGUUGUGUGGGUGGGGUUGGUUUUGGGGGGGGGUGGGUUGUGUGGAGGGGGUGGGGGAAUUGGUAGGUGGUUGUGGGGGGUUAAUUGAUGGUGGGUGGGGGAUUGUUUGGGUUUGGGGUGAUUGGAUGGAUGUGUGGGGAUUGGGUUUGGGGGGGGGGGGGGGGGGUGGGGGGGGGGGGUGGUGGUGUGGGGGGGUAGGGGGGUGGUGGGGGGGUUGGGGGUGUGGGGUUGGUUGGUGUUGGGGGGGGGGGGUUGGGGGUAGGGGGGGUUGUAUUGUGGUGUGUGAAGUGGGUGUAGGUGUUUUGUGUUGGUGGUUGUUUGGGUUGGGGUUGGGUGGGGUGGUGGGGUUGGGGGUUUGGGGUGUGGGGUAUGGGGGGGGAUUGGGGGGGGGGGGGGGGGGGGGUGUAAUAGUGUUGGUGGUUGGGGGGGUUGGGGGGUUUGGGGUUGGGGUGGGUGGGGGUUGGGGGUGUGGUGUGGGGGGGGGGGGGGGGGGGGGGGGGGGGUGGGGGGUGUGGGGGGGUUGGGGGGGUUGGGGGUGGGGUUGUGGGGGGGUUGGGUGGGGGGGGGGGGGGGGUGGGGGGGGGGGUGUGGGGGGGGGGGUUGUGGUGUGGUUGGGGUUGGGGGGGGGGGUGGGUGUGUGUGUUGUUUGGGGUGUUUGGUUUGUGUUGGGGGGGUGUGUGGGGGUGGGGGUUGUUGGGGGUGUGUGUGGGGGGUGGUUGUGGGGGGUGGGUGGGGGUUUGUGGGGUGUGGGGGAGGGGAAGGGGUUGGGAUGGGGUGAAAGAGUAUGUGAUGGGGGGUAUGUGUUGAGGGUAGGGGGGGGUUGGUAG